AUGGAUGCCGUUUGUAACGUAUGUUUUGAACCCAUUUAUGGCAGAAGUGAAGCACUGAUGGCGUCGACGACGGGACGAGUGGUGUCGGGAGCGGUCCGUCACGUGAAGCCCAUCCUCAGUGUGGACUCAGUGGACGCCCGAAGACGGGUGAAGAACUUGUAUAAGGCGUGGUAUCGACAGAUACCUGUGGUGUCGGGAGCGGUCCGUCACGUGAAGCCCAUCCUCAGUGUGGACUCAGUGGACGCCCGAAGACGGGUGAAGAACUUGUAUAAGGCGUGGUAUCGACAGAUACCGUACAUUAAGCUCGACUUAGAGCUACCGGUGAGUGAGAAACAGCUGAGGGAUAAAGUGAAGCAAUUAUUCUUCGACAACAAACACGUUGAGGACAUCCGUGUGAUCGAUAUGUUGGUCAUCAAAGGCCAGAUGGAGUUGAAUGAGACGAUCAAUCGAUACAAACAACACACACACGUCAUGGCGUACUUCAAAGAGAGCCACAAUCCGCGGCCCAAAGACUUUAUGUCCAAAUUCUUGAGCGGACACAACGCCGAGUGA